AUGAAGAGGAGCAAUAGUGAGCUAUCGAGCCCUAGUCAAUGCUACAAGCGCCCCUACCAAGGUAUGGACCGACCCUAUACCCUGACUACCUUAUCGGUGCUUGGUCGACUUGCUAAUCUGGAUCUGGUGGAAAUAGAUGAGCCCAGGUCAUCAGGCUUACAAUCACCUGUACCUCAGUCGUCGCAACCAUUCAUUGAAUCCUCACAGCCCGUCUCUAUUGUGACUGAGAAAUCCCUAGGUGAUAAUAGCUCCAGCGAGAAGGGACGCUGGAGAGAAUAUGAAGACGAGCCUGACAAAUUUUUUGAACACCUUGACUUGCCUCCAGCCUCCAAGGUGUACCUGAGACGCAAAUUUCAGUUACAUGCAGAAACUACAAAGGAUAACCUCAAGAGCUUUCUAGUCUUUACUGCUAUGACUGACCUUUCACGAAUCAAAACGGUCAUCGGGCUUUCUGGGAAGGAGAAAUCUAUUCAGUGGUCACUACUUGAUUUGAGUAGCUCAUUAGAGAUGACAGAUGCAUCUUGUGAUGAUUUGAUUUUCUGCUGGCUUGAAGCCAUGAAAAUCAACUGCUUUGUGACUGCAGAACAUACAGAUGAGUAUGAGCAGCUUUUUUGUUACCUGCUCCCGAUAGCUGUCAAACCUGUGGAAGAAAUGUCAGACGUUGUUGCAUCAGCAUUCCACAGAGAAGAAAGGCCAACUCCAGAUGGACGACUAGCCAGUGAGGGGAUAUACCGCAAAAUUGUCCAGUACUACAAGGCUUAUCCUAAUGGAAAAUAUUUGGCACCAUAUACAUCGGUAGUGGGGCCUUCUGGUAUUGGGAAGAGUUUCAUCAUAUCCCAAAUGGCCCAUGGCUACGGCGUAUAUGUGGUGUACUCAAAUUUCGCAGAAAAAGGAAAGCUGCCAUACCCAGAGAGGUCAGCUAUUGCAGACAUACUACCACACAAGGAGAUCAGGACUGUUCAAGCCUCUUUCUGGGAGAGUUACCUAAUGGUAGCCAUGUGUGAUGUAGAACUCUGCAGGCGUGUUGGAGUAUCACCAGGUGGUUUUUAUUGUCUACAAACAAUGAAAGCAUAUCGUGACUACCAAGAAGAUUUCUCAAAAAGAGUUUUCACCUUCUUCAAAAGCUACAGAGACAUAGAUAUGCAGUUAGAUGAGUCUAACCAGAAACGUCGUGCAAAACUCGCUGAGCUACUGUGUGCCAAUGUUGAAGUGUCUGAGAAAAGGCUGGAAUCAUGGCAGGAACAUCUUAAAAAAAACAACCACAACCCAACAGUUACAGCAGCCACAGGCAAGAAUGUUCCAAAUGCCUUGAUCUGUUUAGAUGAAGCUCGUACAUUGCUUGAUGGGGAGGAGUCUCUUUUGUUUCGGUCCUUCAGAGACGCGAUUCGCAGCAGAUUUGCCCGAACCAGCAAGAUGGGAAACCUGAAUCUGACCAAGCCUCAAGUGUUCUGCAACCAUUUUUUCAAACAGGAAGAAGACCUGACCAAGAAGACACUGGAAAAUGCCUUCCUGCAUGGUGCGGGGAUCAUCCUCCCGGAUUGCUUCCCUGGAGCCGACCUCCUGAUUCCCAUAAAGUUGCCUGGUGGAAAAAUGACCUUCUUUGGCAUACAGGUUAAGAACAGGGCGAGAGAUUCGUACUCGGGCUCCCUCAGGGAUGAGACUAUACACUCUUUCUCAAAAGCCGCAAAGACUCUGAGGCCAGAUGUGCCCUUUAUUGGGCUGACUAUGGCCCUUAGACGCGAGAAGUAUGCUAAUGAAGACCAGUCUGUUGGUAUUGUGCAUCCCCCAGAGCCAACUGGACAUGACACUCGCAGUACCACGUCGCCGUCGGCUGAAUACAACUGGCCAAAGAAAAACAAAAGAAUUCUGCUUUUGGCCGUCGGCUUAGAUGAGACUGUGUAUCCGGGCAUAACUAGUUGUAAGGGAGAAAAAAGUCUGGACUCUGAGGCAGUACUACCUUUGCUAAACCGCCUGCUGCAUUGCAAACCUGGUGUUACGUUGCCAGACGAUGCAGAUUUAGUCUAUGCCAAUCGCAUCAAGUCCCUGGAUGUGUGA